UUGCAGUGUUCUGUGUGAACGGUUCCAAUCAAAUCCAGAAUGUUUAAGAUAAUAGCUCUUGCUGUCUACCUUCUUAUGGUUGUGGCCGCUUACGAGGAUUAUCACAGUUAUCCUAAGUACAAGUUCGAAUAUGGCGUCAAAGAUUCCCACACCCACGAUCAUAAGAGCCAAUGGGAGCACCGUGAUGGGGACCAUGUGAAGGGACAAUAUACUCUGGAUGAGGCUGAUGGAACGCAUCGAAUUGUUGAUUAUACUUCAGAUCAUAAGGGCGGAUUCCAACCUCACGUUGAGCGCAAAGGACAUGCCCAUCAUCCUCAUCACGGAGAAAGUUUUGCCAACAUUCAUCAGUACUACUAA